AUGAGUUCAUUGAGGAGUGAUAAGGAGAUCAUAGAGCUGAUAGAUAAGUUUUUUGUUAAGUCUACUUCUCUGAUCUGUGCUGCCAAAUGUAGUAGGUUCCAAACGGGGAGCGACUUGGCUCCGCAAUUCGACGAAGAGUGGCUUCUUUCUGAGACGGACGAAGAUCUGGAGCUACCCGAGAUCAUUCAGCAAUGGUCACGGUUUGACGGCGGGAGGGAUCUUCCUCCCCUAGUGAUCGAGACGUACCUAGAUUUGCGGCGUGUGGAUCCCUCGCAGUGGGUGACGCUGAAGGAUGACGAGGGGAAUGUAUGGAACGUUUGCAAGGGGACCAAGAAGUCCGAGAUUGUACUUGAGAGGUGGCUUAUUGAGCUGGAUAAAAACUCGGCUUCGUUCAAGAGCCAUAAACCAACGAUGGAGGAGUCCAACAGUUUUUCGGGGCAGUUGGUUCUGCUCUUUCGCUAUCUAUACACGCUGAUACAGCUCCUUCCGGCAAGCGACCUGCAUGCAUCUUUGUGUAAAGCGGCCGACGUGCAGGGAGUAAGCUCGCCGAUAGAUGUCUCGACGAGGAUUUUGGACGGAUCCAAGCCCAUUUUAUCGAAGGGGAGAAUCGGCCUAAGCAAGCCGAUUAUUAGCACAUAUUCAAACAUAGUCAACGAAUCCAACGUCCCCUCUCAUCUAGAGCAAAGGAAAAUAACACCGGUCUGGACCAAGUUUGGGUUGUUACGAAUUUCUGUCUCGUACAGGCACGAUUGUCGGUUUGAAGUUCAUGAUACAGAAGGGGAAAACCCAAGUAACCAAUAUAUUUCUGAACCCACUGCCAGAAGACUAUCCGCAAAUCGGUCACCAUCUCUCUCUCCGCAAGCGCGCGGAAGUUCGAUAAGUUCGAUGGAUAAUCCUUCGUUUCAGAGAAGACCUGUGGCUAUAUCGCGACAGUUGCAAGUUUUUAAAGUCGGAUCGGUUGGGAGCGUACCUACAUCUCAAAGUCAGAUGAUGAUAAGAAAUCCGUCCAGCUCGUCAUCGGCAGUGGCGAAUCUACAGGCUCAAAGGUCAAACAACAGUCCAAUACCGAGUAGUUCAACGAUACACGUACAAGACAUGAAUAAUGAAGGCACGACCGUAGGCAGCGCCUCGAAGUACUCCUCAUCAUUCGGAAGGAUUCGCCGACAUUCCAGCACAAAGUAUUCGGAGCAUGCGGAAAGGCCGGUCAAGCCAAAUAAGCCGCAGGAGGACCAAUCGGAUACCCUUCUGGAUUUUGUCAAAUUGAUUGACGAAAAGCCGGAGUUGAAACUGAACAAGAAUCGUUCUGCUACAAUGGAUAUAUCCAAUUCGCUGAUGAAAUUUCAAAGUUUGAAACCGACUAACGAUUUCAUUAGCGAGAAUUUGAGCAUGAGCACAUCUAUGGAUCCCUCUCACGUAUCUCAAAGACGCCGCUCAAGCUCCCACUCUCCAAUACCCUCAUUUUCUCCAGCUAUUAAUUAUCCUUCUAUUCCGUCAAGGUUCUCCCAAACGAGCCUAAACGAAAACCCUAUUGGGAGUAGAGUGAGCUCAAAUGAGAUUUCUAAAGAGCCACAAGAUAUCCGCAGGUCUAGUUUAUCUUCUCAUCACAGCAGCAGCGUAUCAAGUCACAGACAUAGUACAAUUGGUAAGGAAGCCAUUAAUUGCGACCAGAGAAUACGAGACGACAGCCAUAUUUUGCAUGAUGACGAUGAAGAAGAAGACGAUGCUCUUCUAAUGAAUCACACUGUUUCCAGCGAUCUCAGACCGAGAAAGCACUCGUACGCAAAGUCGGCCGAGAACGUCGCUUCUUCGAUUACUAGGAAUCGACUACCGAUUCCACAACCGUCGCAGCAUCCUCAACCAAUAACCACUGCUAUUCCAGCCUUUGCGAAGUUGCACAGACCUGGAAAAAAUCCGAGUGUAUUGCCAGAAAGCGAGAAGAAGAAAGGUGUUUCCGACAUAAAUUCGCCACCUGAUGAUGAAGACGAGGAUUUGCUAUUUUUCAUGAGUGAUAUGAGUUUAUCGAAGAUGUGA